CCCGCGGCUGCCCACUUCCGGCGCGCAGCUUUUCCGGGCAGGGGCUGCCUGGCUGGAGCUCGACCGACUGCCCAGCCGCCAUGGGGUCCGGCGGGGCUCGCGCGCCAACGCCGCGCUGGGGACGGCUCCUCGGCGGCGCCGCGCUGCUGCUGCUGCCGCUGCUCCUGUCGGCCGCCGCGGAGCAGACGUCGCCCGGGACGGCUUGUUCUCAGAACACAAACAGAACCUGUGAAGAGUGUCUGAAAAAUGUCUCUUGUCUUUGGUGCAACACGGAUAACGCGUGCCUCGAUUACCCAGUGACAAAAAUCUUGCCUCCUGCUUCUCUGUGUAAGCUGAGCUCUGCACGCUGGGGCGUGUGCUGGGUGAAUUUCGAGGCGCUGAUUAUCACCAUGUCGGUGAUCGGGGGCAUCCUUCUCCUGGCGAUUGUCACCUGCUGCUGCUGCUGCUGCUGCAGAAGGAAGAAGAGGAACCGUAAGCCGGACAGAAGCGAGGAGAAGGCCAUGAGGGAACAAGAAGAGAGGAGGGUGCGGCAGGAAGAGAGGAGAGCAGAGAUGAAGUCAAGACAUGAUGAAAUCAGGAAAAAAUACGGUCUGUUUAAAGAAGAAAACCCAUAUGCCCGAUUUGAGAACAACUAAAGCGCACUCCUGUCUCGCAAGCAGCCCAAGGCCGCCUGCUCCUGACCCUGACGUGAGCUGGAGGGGCCGCCCCGGGGGCAGGCCUGCCUUGUCCUGUGAGCCUCUGUCCCCUUCUCUUUCUCUGUGUCUCCUCACUUGAGAUGUUAAGCCUGUGGAGGUUGGCUUUUUGUUUUUACUGUGACUUCCCGGAGGAAACUGCACGUUCCACUGGUCUGUGAGGAGCUGUCGCCACACAGCCCACACCCAGCCACUCGUCCUGCAUCCUCCUCUGUGCUCCUCCAUCCCGAGGAUCUCCUCCUGUCCCCACCCUCAGCUUCCCAUGGUGAAGCCAGCCCCUCCUCAUUCCCCAAAACCCACAGGUGGGCAUCUCCGGGUGUCAGGUCAGGCGGCUUUGUGCGUCCAGGGCACAGUGUCAGCGGCCUUAGUUACAGGCUCAGCUGCUGUGAAGAGCAUAGAUGAGGAAACUCACCUGAAACUCUUUUUUAAAAUAAUGAUUGAAUUUUAUUCCCCCCACCUAAAAGAUUUCACCAAAAAGCUUUACUGUCAAAGUCAGACCAUUUAUUGAGUGAUUUUUAAAUUUGUAUCUUUACUAGAACAUGAAGACUGUUUUCCAGUGAGACCCUGAAUUGUAAAUGCAGUUCUGAAACAACCCCCCCAAGGCGGUUGGUCCCUCCUGUGCCCCCGUGACCCUGUCAGCCCGUGUGCAGUCACCUGUCCUCUGAGGCGCCCUCCUGGGUCUCGGAGCGUUUCCCUUCCAGCAGGCGGUGCCCUGGCCCCGUGCUCUGGGCAGCCCCUCUGGGGGGCUCUGUGCACCAGGUGGGGGGGUCCGCAUACAGUGCCACUGCUGACUGUCCUGCUUGUAAGACGACCCCGCUCUGAGCUGCGCCCCUUUGACCUGUGUGUCAUCAGACUGUCCUUCAGAGGUGGCUUCUCUGAAGGUCAUCAUUGAUGGCCUCCGGGGGCCCUGUGGCACCACAUAGUGGCUCCAUUUCUUUCCCAUCAAGAGGCGUGGCUUCAGUAGACAGACUAGCACAGGGCAGGGCAGCAGCAGAGGAGGAAGGAACGGAGCAGCCUGAGUAAAUGUGGAGUAGUCCCCAGGCCAGAUGGCUUUGAAUCGGGUAAACAUUGGGCUUCGGGAAAGCAGGUCAGCGGCCACAUAGCAGAAGCCGUGUGUCCGUGUUCACACUCCUGCUCUCCACGCAUCAGAUAAAGUCACGUGCAGGUCCGUGCGCUCGAGAUACCAGCAAACAGCGUGAGGAGCCUAUAACUGCAGAGGUCUGUGCUGUGACUUAACAUUUCCACACACACUAAGAAACUAACCUUUAAAAAGUCUUUAGUCUUAUUUUUCUGACUUCUUGGGCAUUUGACAGCAAUUUAAAGUAUUGUGAAACAUUCCUAAGUUUUAUAGCAGCCUGCGAAUUUUCACUUUCUGCUGUUUAUUCAUAGAAGAAACUUUGUAACAAUAGAUUUUAAUGAACUUGGUGUUGGUGCAGUGGUUGCAGUAUGUGAAUCGCUCAGAGUGGGCUGAGAGCAGAGCUGGGGGCGUUCAGUAGAGUGUGUAACCCUGUGGUGAGCGUAGAGCCCGCCGGCCCGUGGGGAGGCCAGCCUGGUCCACGUGCUCUUCUCGGAUACGAGUACUGACAGCAGCCCACACCUGCAGCCUCAAGGAAACCGGAAGUUUGGAGUGCCUUAAUUUUUAACCACUUUCCAUUAAAUGGUUUAAUACAUGCUUUUGCUGAAUAUA